GCAGGGGGCGUAUAUGUUGAAUGUGUCACCUACGCAGGGAUAUCCCAACGACCAGUAGUAUCAUAAACUUGCAUAUAGUGAAAGGGAGUACUGGUGUGAUCGUCCGUGCUAGUACAAAGAUAGAGAAGAUGUCAACCUAUCGUAUAGGAAAAAUUUGUCAGCGUUCCAGCGUCCUAUUCCUAUGUGAUCUACAAGAGAAAUUCCGCCAAAGUAUAGUCUUCUUUCCACAGAUUGUAUCUGUUGCUGCUCGAAUGCUACAGGCUGCAAGGAUAUUGGAAAUACCAGUUAUUGUAACAGAGCAAUACCCAAAAGGCCUUGGACCCACAGUGCCAGAGCUUGGAGUGGAAGGAUUGCAGAAGUACUCAAAGACCUGCUUUAGCAUGCUGACUCCUGAAGUGAGGGAGGCACUUCAGCCAAUUCCGAACCUGCGAUCUGUUAUACUCUGUGGGAUUGAGACGCAAGCUUGCAUCAUGAGUACCACACUAGACCUCCUAGAUAAGGGUAUUGAUGUCCAUGUUAUUGCAGAUGCCUGCUCAUCUCGAAGCCAGGUGGAUCGUCUUAUUGCCCUGUCACGAAUGAGGCAAAGUGGAGCAUUUCUAACUACCAGCGAAGGAGUCAUGUUGCAACUGCUUCAGGAUGCUUCCCAUCCAAAAUUUAGAGAGGUCCAGAAGCUCUUAAAGGAGCCAGCACCCGACAGUGGCCUUCUAUCGUUUUUUCAAGGCCAAAAUCCCAUAUUUUGAUGAUAAUCUGUGCCUCUGUGGUCAGCUACUCCAUUUUAUAUUUCCUAGAAACCAUACUGAUUGGCUUACUAAAAUAAAACUGAAAAUAUCUAUGCAACUGAUAAACACAUUGCAUUCAAUGCACCUUUUCUCAUUAAAAUAGUUUAAUGUGCUUUA